UUAAUGUGAUUUUUGUGCCGUUGGAUUUCAAUUUGACUUUUGACUGACGGUGGUGUGGAAUCAACGAUUUACGUGGAUUUACGGACGUUUUGAGAUUUUUCGGUUGCUCAAUUUCGAUGUAUUUUGAUAACCUAUGUAGUACAUUCUAUUUUUCACUAAGAUGAGAGUAGCAUAGGUUGACAUGCAGCUAAAAUUAUCUCGGAAGUGUUCGACAUCACGCCUUCUCAUUCUGAGAUACGAUUCACCGCCACAGAUUGAGAUCAGUUUGAACAUUAUACUUCAUUAUUAAGUUUACUUAAGCUGCAUCUGCUUUUUUUGUUAAGAUGCCAGGUCAUGAUUCAGCAGUUAAGAAUGGCCUAGAUUCCUUGAGCAAAGGACUGCCUAGAGAGUCAAUUGAUGUUGAUGUUACGGGAGUCGACUGGCAGCUUGAGGCAAGCACCAACCCGGCCCAUCUACCGGAGAUAACGAGGAUGGACCUGCACGCCAACUCCGCGGCCAGUCUCCUGAGUGGGGGCGCUGCCUCCCCGGGCCGCAAGACAAUGAAGGAAUACGAGCAGCAGCAGAGGAACCUGGAGCAGGAGAACUUCCAGCUGAAGCUGCGCAUCUACAUGCUGGAGGAACGACUGCCGGGCGGCGGCGCGCCCGACAACGACACAAAUACAAUCGUCGACCUCAAGGUGCAGCUGGCCACGCUGCGUGAUGAGCUGGCCCAGAAGAAGGAGCUGCUGCGGCACGCCUCGGACGCCCUGGAGAGUCUGGAACACCAGUACGGUGCCGAGCUGGAGCGGCAGAAGCAGCGCGCCGAGGACGAGCGGCUCCAGCUGGAGCGGCGACUGGAGGAGCUGCAGAACGCGCUGGAGCGUGCCAACCAGGAACGUGCCGCGCUGGCGGAGCGGUCGGCCAUCGAGCAGCCCUACCUGAGGGCUUUCGAGCCUCUGUCGGUGGACCACGCGGCGUGCCACAGCCAGCACGAGCUCGGCCAGCUGGAGGCCAAGAUGGCCGAGCUGCAGGACGCGCUCGGGCAGAUGAAACAGACGGCUGAGGAGCGGGACCAGGAGUCUGAGCUGCUGCGCCGGCAGCUGACCGAGGCCCGCGCCGCCGCCGACCGGCUGCCGGAGCAGGAACGCCGCUGCCACCAGCUGGCCGACGAGCUGCGCCAGCUGCGCGAGCAGCAGGAGCGCGCGGCCGCCGACACGGCGCGGCUGCGAGCCGAGCGCGAGCGCAGCGGCGCAGAGGUCGAGCGGCUGACCCAGCAGCUCAAACAGCUGGAGACCGAACAGGAGAGCACCGGCGCCGAGCUGACCCGGCUCAGGAAGCAGCUGCUACAGGCGGAGCAGAGACCACCAGCGGCAGAGGAGCUGCAGCGCACCUGUGACCGGCUGACGGCCGGCCGAGCUGCCGACGGCGCUCGUCUCGUGGAGAUGGAGGAGGCCCUGCAGCGCGCCACCGAUCGGCUCAAAGCGGCGGCCACCAACGAGGCCACGCUGACCGCCGCGCUGCAGUCGGUCGGCGCCCAGCUGGUCGAACGAAAGGCAGAGCUGGCCGCCGCCAAAAAGGCCCAGCGCCGCAGCGAGGCGCACGUCAAGUCGCUGAUCGAGGAGCAGCGUAAACUGCACGACACCAUGAAACAGUACCUGGCCACGGGUGACGGCGGCGGCACCGAGGGCGCGCCGGCGGACGCCGCCCCCGCCCCCGCCCCCGCCCAGACGGCGGUGGCGGCCCCCAGCGCCGAGACGGCGCGGCUGUGGACGGAGCUGGAGGAGAACAAGAAGCUGAUCCGCGAGCUGCAGGACGAGAAGAUGGAACUGGUGCUGGAGAAGGAGCGACAGAUACAGCGUCUCCUGGCGCAGCUGAAGGAGCGCGGCGCCGGCGCGGCCGACGGCGGCUCCUCGCCUCAUCCGAAGGCGGGCUCACCACACCGCGCCGCCACGGAUAGCUCACUGCAGGAAGUCAAUAGCCAGGUGGUAGCGCUGCGCUCCCAGCUGGCGCACGCCACUCUGCUGGUGGGCGAGCGAGACUCGGAGAUCGGCCGGCUGCGCGAGCGGCUGCUGCAGCAGCGCCGGCUGCUGGACGAGCCGCUGCCGGCGCCGCAGCUGCGCCAGCGGCUCAGCCGCGAGCUGGGAGAGCUGUGCGCCGAGCUGGCGGCGCCGCGGCCCGGCGCGCCGACAGCCGUCGAGCUGGGCGGCGCCGGGGAGCUGGGUGCCGACUCGGCUCAGUCGGCGGCCGCGCCGUCAGACCCCAGCGAGUUUGGCUCAGAGAAGGCGGCUGGACUGCGCGCCCAACUGGCUGACCUGCGCGACCAGCUGCUGGUGAAGGACCGGCAGCUGGCGGAGCGCGAGGAGAGUGCUGCGGACGCCGAGCGGCUGCGGCAGGCGCUGGACGAGCGGGAGCGGCAGCUGGCGGAGCUGGCCGGCGCCGCGGACCGGCUGAGAGCCACCGAGCGCCAGCUGGCCUCCGCUGGCGCUCAGCUGCAGGAGAUGGAUGAGCUGCGAGACACGCUGGCCAGCCGAGAGCGUGAGCUGACACUGGCAGAGGGACAGCUCAACGAGAUCGCUGAGCUGCGCGACCAGCUGGAGACGCGCGACCAGCAGCUGGCGGCCAGCGGCGAGCACCGGCGCGAGCUGCUGCAGACCCGCCAGCUGCUGGCCGAACGCGACCAGGAGAAGGCGGCCCUGCUGCGCCACCUGGACCAGCAGCGGCGCCAGCACGAGUGCGAGGCGCGCGCGCUGCGCGAGCGUAUCGAGCAGACGGUCGCGGCGCCGACGUGGCAGCAGUACCACGAGACGGAGGCGAACCACGUCCGCGAGCAGGCCCAGCUGCGCCGCCGCCUAGCCGACACGCAGUCGGCGGCCGAGCUGCUGCAGCGCCGGCUCGAGCAGCUGGCAGACUUCCUGGAGAUGCUGCUCAACUUGGAGGAACGCGGCGUGCUGGACCUGAGCUGCCUGACGGCCCAGCACAUGGCCGAGCUGCAGCGCUCGCUGCUGCAGAGCCGCGAGCUCUCGCAGUCGCUGAGCCAGUCCCUGCUGCUCGGUGGGGACGGCUGCGAGUGGUCUCUGAACGGCUCGGCUGCUUUGCCGCUCGCCGAACAGUCGUCGCUGCACGUCCCGGAACUGGAGCCGGUGCGCGACCAGGGCCCGGCCGUGCCCACCCCGGCGCCCAGGGACAUCGGGAAGGCGCAGCGGCAGAGCUCGGUAGGCGGGAAGGCGCCGGGCUCGCUCCGGGUGUCUCCUGUCGGCGCUGCUGAGAGUCAGCAGAGCGCGGCCGAACAGAGGUCCGAACGGCCGCCCGCUCAGGAGGUGGAGACGUCUGACGCGGAGGUACAGGCAGGAUCUGCGCCGAAUACCGCGGAACAAGGCACCCAGGCGGCAGCCCGCGUUCGGACCACAGAACAGACCUCCCAGACCAGCGCAAAACGCGCCAAGACCACCUCACAGACCUCGCAAACCGCCCAAGAGCGCACCAAGACCGCCUCGCAGACCUCGCAAACCGCCCAAGAGCGCACCAAGACCGCCUCACAAACCGCGCAAACUGCUCAGGAACGUGCCAAGACCGCUUCCCAGACCUCGCAAACCGCCCAGGAGCGUGCCAAGACCGCGUCUCAGACGGUGCAGACGGCUGAGCGGGAGGUCGCCACUGCGGAGCGGACCGUGCAGACGGCGGAGGUGACGGUCCGGCCGGCCGGAGAGGCGGACCGGCUGGAGGCGCUGGCCGCCCAGCUGGCCGGCCGAGACGCCCAGCUGCUGCAGCAGACGCAGCUGGUGGCCGAGCUGCGCCGCCAGCUGGAGCGGCAGCUGCCGCAGCCGCUGUCGCCGCGGACCGAGCUGGGCGGCGGCGGUGACGAGCGGGCCGGCGGCCAGCUGACGGCUCGACUGCCGGGCGACGUGCGCGACCGGUUCCGCUCGCUGGUGCAGCGGCAGCGCACCACGGACCGCGCCAGCAGCACAGACACCACCGGCGCGGGUACCGCUGUGGAGCGCGCGCUCAGCCCGCUGCUCAGCCUGGCGCGCGCCCAGUCUGCCGAGCUGAUGGCGCUCGACGGCAGGUCACAGCCGCCUGCAGCCGGGCCGACCCGCAGCGCCGGCCAGCUGCCGACGGCGGCCGUGGAUCCGGCCCCGACUCCGGUGGCCGAGCAGACGCCGGCCCCGGCAGACGCCUCUGCAGCUGACACGACCGGCCCGGCGCCGGUGCCCGAGAAGGAUGUCCCUGUCUCAGCUUCAGCGGCUGCGGCCGUGGCAGCUGUCGCCUCUGAGAGUCGCGAGAGCCACGGCAGCCACCCUAAAUCUCAAGAGCCGCCGCCGCCGCCGGCGCCGGCCGACUGGAGUGAGUCGGAGGCGUGGUCCGAGCCGGACCGGGACGUCAGCCUGGCGCGCAUCGGACUCGACCAGAGCUCGCUGGGCACGCGCACAGAGUCGUGGCUGGCGCAGCAGUCCGACUCAGACGCCAAGCGCGGCCGUCGCCGGCCGCGGGGCGGUGCCGGCUCGCAGCAGGCCCAAGAGCUGGAGGCACACAUCGAGAGCCUGCACCAGGUGAAAGACGCGCUGCGUGCAGAGGUGGACAUCUACAGGAAGGUGGUGCCGGCCGGCGGGCAGCGCCCCAGGCACGCCGACGCACAGACGGAGCCGUCGGGCGUGCUGGUGCCGCGGGAGGUGCUCACGGAGAUCCACAGUCUGCAGCAGCAACUGGAGCGAGCCAUUGUCGCCAACGAGAGGAUCCGACGCCAGCUGGAGCGGGAGCUGCCGCCGUCGCCGUCUGCCGCCUCAGAGCUGGCCAGGAAACUGGAGGUGACGGAGCAGCGUCUGGCCGAGUCCACCGAUCAGCUGACGGCCAGCCGCGCGCGCUGUGACGAGCUGCGCGCCAAACUCUCCCGCGCAAAGGACAACCUGCGACUGGCCCAGCUGAACGCCGAGGAGUUCAAGGACAAGUUUGUGCGAGUCUCGGACGACAUGGUGCGCCUGCGAGAGCGGUUCACUCAGAUGGAGACGGACCGGGAGCGGACCUCGGAGGAGUCUCGCCGGCGCCGGCCGCGCAGUCCGUCCGCUGACCUGGUGCGCCGACUGGAGAGGCAGCUGGAGACGGCCCAGGCCGCCCUCCAGCGCCAGGAGCAGCUGUCGGAGGAGCUGCGCCAGCAGCUGCUGCAGCGGCCGCCGCCCGCAGCCACCACCGGCAGCUGCAGCGAGUCGCAGCUACUCGAGAUCAACCGCGAGAAGCUGCGGCUGCUGGGCGAGCGGGCGCAGCUGGCGAGUCGCGGCCGGCUGCUGCGCUCCGAGAGCUGCCUGCUGGAGGGCGAGGCGCGCGAGGUGGCUGCCCAGCGCCGGCUGGAGGCGGCCAAGUGGGCCGGCUGGGCGCUGGAGCGCCAGCAGCUCCAGCAGGAGAUCAGCGCGCUGACGGAGCGGCUGGCGGCCGCCGAGGCGGAGGCGGCCCGCCGGCUGCUGGCCGAGGCCGAGCGCGCGCGGCUGGCGGAGGAGCACGGACAGUGCCAGCGCCGGCUGGCCGAGCUCAGCCGCGCCAUGCAGACGGACAAGCGCCGCCUCCAGGAGGUCAGCGCCCAGCUGGAGGAGGUCAACGCCGAGAUGGAGGCCAUGCGCAGCAAACUGAACGAGCUCGACGACGGCAGCCCAGCGGAGUCAGCACGGGUCUGCUUGCCGCCGGAGCCGGAGCCGGAGCCUGCCGAGAAGGAUCCGGAGCCGGAGCCGGCGGUGCGCCGGAGCACAUCUGAGUCGGACGGCCCCGACGUGCAUCAGGAGAGUGACCGCACGUCGGCGUACUCAUCACCCGACCUGGGGAUCGAGUCGGACUGCUACCGCGGCCCGCAGCUGCGCACCGCCUCCCGGCCCGGCCGGCAGCAGCAGCAGCUGGCGGAGACGGCCGCCGGCGAAACAGAGCCGACGCCGGCGGACGGCUCGGAGGCCGAGCGGCUGCGCCAGGAGCGAGACAUGAUGCAUUCCAAGCUGACGGCCACGCGCGCCGCGCUCCAGCAGGCGCUCGACAAGCUCAGUCGCGCCGACCAGCGCAAGGCCAGGGUCGAGCGCGCCAUCUUCCGCCAGCUCAGCAAGACGCACGACAUCCUGCGGCGCGCCAAAAAUAACCUAGCGCCGCCGGGCGCGGGUGCGGAGACGGCCGUCGCGCCGCAGUGACACUGCCGACCCGCGGCGGGGGACGGGACGGGACAGACCGAGGGCCGCGCUGGCAGACCGUCGGCGGCGCCACGACACACAGCGAACGAGCGGCCAGCCGCGGAACAGCGCCGCGGCUGGCAGCGAGACCGGAGCGACAGAGGGGAGGGAGCCAGGGGAGAGAAAUCGCACAGAGAGUGUGUGGACCGGGAUCAAGGGGCGGGUGGGAGCGACUAACACGCCGGUUAAAUUGUAGUGUCUUUCCACCAGGAGUACUCUGGUGAUCUCUACGCAUAGCCAGGCUGCUCAUUGUUCAUAAUGCUUACACGCCAUCGUACUUGUUCUGAGAUAUAGCGACCUUAUUUUAAUAUACGUGCUGCAACCUCGGUGUGCGGCGUUGCGACA